GAUCCCGAAUUUUAUAAGACAAGCCGGGAUAAGAUUGUAAUUUGAAACAUUCAGGAUUGUGGUUUAUGUGUAACCGGACAAGACUUACGGGACAACUCAAAACCCGAACCGUCCAGAUUAUUCGUGUACACCCCUCCUAAUUGGAGAUGCUCACGCACAUACUCAAUUCUACAAAGAUAUAGCCGCCGCCGCCGAUAGAUUGCAAUUGAUGAAUAAGAUGGGGGGUUACUUUGGAGCGAACCAAUUGGACUUAGGGCUGCGUUUCCGGCUGGCAGCGCUGCGAUGGGGAUGGAAUAGCUGCUGCCAUACAAUUACAAACCACUGCCACGAGCGGAUCUCUAACACUGGCUAGCGAGCAAUGAAACAGAUGAGGAGACUGUGGUUUCAGCUGACAGUUGUUCCAGAUAAUGAUGGAUGGCGCGAUAUCGGGGGGAUAAUGUCUUGGGCCAAAUAUUGGAAUAAAAAGGAGGUUCCGGCGGGCGAGCUCAAGAGGAUGGUGAGCAGACUUUGUAAGGACGGGCGGUUCCCUCUAGCUUUGAAGAUUUACGACUGGAUGGAGAAGGAAGGCAUUUAUAAAUUCUCAUCUAGGGACCAUGCUGUGCGCAUCAACUUGAUAGGUAAGGUUAGAGGAUGUUCUGCUGCGGAGCACUAUUUCAGGAACUUGCGAGAACAAGCUAGAAAUGACAAGACAUUUGGAGAUCUCCUUCAUUGUUAUGUUCUUAAACACAGAACAGAAAAGGCUUUAUUUCAUUUUAAUAAGAUGAAAGAGUCGGGUUCUCUGUUGUCGCCUCACCCAUUCAAUGAAAUCAUGUGCCUUUACGCCAAAAGUCUCCAAAUUGAGAAGGUCCUUGGGGUGUUGGCCGAGCUAAAGAAGAGCAAGGUUUUGCCUGAUAAUGAUAGCUACAGAAUAUGCAUUAGUUCAUUUGGGUUAAUAUAUGAUGUGGAUGGGAUGGAGAGAAUGCUGAGAGAAAUGGAGAGUCAACCCCAAAUUGUCAUGGACUGGUGUACUUACGCCGUGGUAGCCGAGUUCUAUGAUAGAGAAUUCCUUUUAGAUAAGGCCACCGAUGCUCUCAAAAAGGCGAGGGUGAUAUUACAAAAUAAGGGUGUUAGAAGAAAAAGGCCCAAAUAUCUGCUAAGAACAGAUUAUGAGAAUGUGAUAAAGUCACUGGUGAAGCUUGGCGAGUUAGAGGAGGCUAUGAAGUUUGUCAAGCAGUGGGAAGUACUCGGUAAUUGGCGCAGUGUGGAUAAUAUUAGCAUUCCUUAUUCAGUCAUUGUGGCGUACAUAAAAAAUGGUUCAUUGCGAAAGGCAUUUUAUAGAGUCAUAGAGUGGACUAAUAAGCGGAAGGCCGGUGUCGACAAACUUUCGCUUUUACUUUGUGAUGAAUACCUCAAAUUGGGUGAUCUGUUUAUUGCAUUUGACCGCUUUCAGGUAGAUGGUUGUAUGCUGUUUGAACCUGUAGAGGUUCAGAGGUUGUUUCUCCAAUACGUAGAAGAAGAAUGUGGAUCAUUUUUCCCAUUACGCUGCAGUCGAUCAUUGUGCACACGAUCCCUUAAAACUGAUGCGGGCAAAACAUGCUUAGAAAUCAUUCCAAUCAAGGAGAAAAACAAAAUCAAGGUCGCUCUACUGAUACACCCCAAGAAUUCAACCCAAUCAGUAAACAAGGAUUAUGAGAAUAUAAUAACGUCACUUGUGGAGUCAGGGGAGUUGAAUGAGGCCAGGAAGAUGGCGAUGGAGUGGGAAGCAUCUGGCAACUUGACUAGUCUCGAUGAUUUAAACAUUUCAAAGUUGAUCAUUGACGGAUAUUGUCAAGAGUCUCUCUUUGUGGAAGCAGAGGCAAUGGCGGAAGCUUGGACAAGAGAGAAGAGGUGUUGGGUUCGAGGGAUUUGGUUGAUACUUGCUUGUCAUUACCAGGAACAGGGUAAAAUGGUAAGAGGAUUGGAGUGCAUGCGGAGAUUUCUUUGUUUAACACCAAGUCUCAAAGUGUGGAAAGAGGAUGAUGAGAUGUUUAAGAUGUUUCUGUUUAUGGUUGAAUAUUCAAGAGGCAUGAAUGCAGCAGGUUACUUUAUGAAUCGCAAGUAUGAUUUGUUUGCCUUGAAUGAGAGUUUAUGCCACAGAGUAUAUGACCAGCAAAAUAUUUAGGGAGUGUCCCUGUCGUCUAAGUUAAAUUUGUUCUUUGCUUGUGUAAUAUUUAAAUUUUCUAAUCCGAAAUUAUUACAUUACGUUGACUCAAUAAAAAAAAUUAGAACAUGUCAUUAGUUGUUUUAAUUUAAUAAAAUACUCAAGUCAUA